AUGCAUCUCCACACUCUGCAUCGAAGCGCUUACUACUUUGCGUCAGCCUCCAUUGCUCCACGGAGCACAAGCAGCGGCGUCUCCCACGUCUGGUCCAUCCUUGGUCCCAUCAUUAUCGCCCUUGUCACUCUCGUCCUCGUGCUCCUACUUAUCCUGUGGUUAAAGCAUCGCCUUUCCACUCGCAGACUGAGCCUCUCGGCCCAAGGCGAGCUCGCACAUUUCAGAUCAGGUUCACUUCGCAGGAUGAACAAGAACCACGAAGCUGCUCCAGGUGUGCAGAAGCGACCAGGUCAAUCGGCAUUCGUCGGUCGAUCUCCCCUCCCAGAUGCGGACCAAUUCGGAAUGUACGAUUUUGGAUUGAUCACCAAACCUAGACUGUCAUACAAUAGACCAUGGAGUCGGCCUGGGCAUGACGAAGAAGCACAAUCUGGUCCUGAUGUUGGAAGAACUACUCCCGCAUGCAUUCAGAAGUAG